AUGGAGAGCCCGAUCUCGAGGACUAACCUGAAUUGCAUCAGCCUGGCGGACCCGGACGUCCAGAAAUCGGUCGCGCUCCUCAAGCAGGCAUGCCUGGAUUCAGGCUUCUUCUAUGUUGUGGAUCAUGGGAUAAGCCAAGAGUUCAUGGAUGAAGUUUUUGCCCAGAGCAAGAAGUUCUUUGACCUUCCUCACAGUGAGAAAAUGAAGCUUCUCCGAGACGAGAAGAAUCGAGGGUACACACCCAUGCUAGAUGAAAUUCUUGACCCUGAAAAUCAAGUGAAUGGUGACUACAAGGAAGGAUAUUAUAUUGGAGUUGAGGUACCUGCAGAUGAUCCAGAAGCAAACAGGCCAUUUUAUGGUCCAAAUCAGUGGCCUUCUAAAGAAGUAUUACCAAAAUGGAGAGAAGUGAUGGAGCAAUAUCACAGGGAGGCGUUGAGAGUAGCAAAAGCAGUGGCAAGGAUCAUUGCUCUUGCUCUAGAUCUAGAUGUGGACUUCUUUGAUAGACCUGAAAUGCUUGGCGAGCCUAUAGCCACUUUAAGGCUCUUGCACUAUGAAGGUGGACAAAAAACAGGUAAAGUGUCAAAUCCUGCAAAGGGUGUUUAUGGAGCGGGUGCCCAUUCAGAUUUUGGCCUGAUAACUCUCCUGGCAACCGAUGAUGUAGUUGGACUCCAAAUAUGUAAGGACAAGAAUGCUCAGCCUCAAGUAUGGGAAUAUGUAGCUCCUGUGAAAGGAGAAUUUAUCGUCAAUCUUGGUGAUAUGCUUGAAAGGUGGAGUAAUGGUAUUUUCAGGUCAACCUUACAUCGAGUGGUCCUAGAUGGGCGAGAACGCUACUCGAUAGCCUACUUUGUGGAACCAAGCCAUGACUGCGUAGUUGAGUGCCUGCCGACCUGCAAAUCCGAAUCAAAUCCUCCAAAGUUCCCUCCGAUCACCUGUUCUGCAUACCUGUCCCAGCGUUACAAGGACACUCAUGCAGAUCUGAACUCCUACAACGACAGCAAGGCCUAA